AUAUAGAGCAAGACCAUCAAGAAUGAAGGGUCAGUUAUUGCAAUUGUUAGAGAGUAAUGAAAUGGGCAGUAAUGUUAUGUGGAUGAAUUAUGUUGGUUUGAUUAGAAUGUGAUCAUUUGAAUGUGGUUAAAUGCUAUGGAUCACUUAGAAUCCAAGUUACUUUCAACUGUGAUAUUUUUCACAUUAAAGUAUUUCGCUUUGGCUGAAGUUAACUCCACAGAACCUAAAGCUGUCAUUGAAGUUUCUCUGUAUGACAAAAGUCCCACGACUGUCGAGAUCGACUGGCACACUCGAGUUAUUCAUCGACAGAACCUUUCAGAUUGUGAGUUGGUUUACAGCCGACUUGACAGUCCCGAGCAGGUGGAGGUUUGGUCCAACUUCAUACCAACUGGCCAUGUAUUUCCACUAACAGGACUAAAAAACAAUGUGACAUAUCAUUUCCAAAUGAUCUGCUAUGACACAAUUGGCAGAAAAUUCGAAUCCAACAACCUUGAGUUUACAACAGGUGUGAAGAAGAAACCUGAAACCUCUGUCCUUACUUCAGAUUCAUACAGAAGUAAUUAUGACACUGUUUCCAGGAAGAGCCCCUAUCUUGAUGAUGAGAGUCUCCGAGGCACCCAGUCUUCCAGUGUGAUAUUAGGAGCAGUUUGUGGAAUUGUGGGUUUUCUCAUCAUCAAUGUAACUGUGGUCAUGGCAGUAAAACGAUACUCCCAACGUCAGAUGAGACAUCGUAGGAUACUGGAAGUAGAAGAAAGAGAUGAUUAUGAAUUUCUCUAUUUUCAAGAGUUUGAGUAAGAGAGAAUAUUAGAAGGAGUUUUCAGACCAGGAAAUACGUCAUAUCAAGUCCAUACGUUUUUUACUUACUGGUUCUUGUUGUAACUGUAUAACUUAGUUACCAUUUGGCCUGACAAUCUGCUAUUUGACAAUGUGUCUUGUGAUAAAUCUAUUAUCUGGCCUUGCAGCUGGAAUGAGUACUUGUUAGUGUUAUUAGCUUAUUGUACAUAUAUUGUGCUAAGAUGUAGAUGUAAUUUCUCAGAGUUUUCAAAUAGUUUUUAGAGGAAUUUGUAUCUUGUUCACAGUUCCAAAUAACAUUUAGAACACUUUUAGAGGAAGGUAUACAAUCAUUUUGAUCGUUGUAAGUAGUUUAGUCUGUUGAAAAUUAGUCCAGAUUUUUAUGAUGUAUCUAUGUAUAUACUCAAACAAAGAAAACCAUCCGAUAAAUUAAGUUACUUCAGGAUAGGUUGAAGUUUGAUGUCUUAACUUUUAAUGCAUUACUUAUAUAAUGUAAAUUCAUAACAAAACCCCUUCAAUGUCUUAUUGUAACUUGUAGUCAUAACACUAAAGACUUUGUACAAUCCACUGAUCUGAUUUCAUCAUAUAAAUAACUACUCUCUUUCCAAAUUUUCUUUAAGAAAAAAUAUUCUCAAACUGUUUAGUUUAUUUUUUGCACAUUGUAACUCUGUUUCCAUGUAGUUUAGAUUAAAUAUACAUGUCGGCUAUUACUUUUAUACAGUAUUUUGCACCCAAAGUAUGAUGGAAUUUUGAAUAACUGUAUACUUGUGACAUUUAAUUCAUUGAAUACUAGAUCAUUCUCCAUUUAAUAUUUAUUCAACAUAUAAUUAUCUACAUUUUCUUGCAGUCUAACAUAGUUCACAAGCAAUUCAGAGUUACAGACAUCAGUUCUACAUAAUCCUUAAAUUCUAACUAAACAGUGUUGUCUUUUUAUCCAGAUUUUUAAUGGAAGUGCUGGUUUUGAAGUAUUUCUUGAGAAAUGGUCCUAGUAGAAACAAGCUAAACACAGAGCUCACAGAAAUCAGCAAAUAAAUGCAUAUUCUCAUACAAUAAUGGAAUACCAUGUGUGGUGAACAGAAACUGUUUUAUAAAUAUUGUGGAAGUUGCUUUCAGUGUGUACGUACAUAUAAAUUUUUUUACACCAUUCAUUACCAACAGUGUCCUCAUUGGGUAAAAUCACCCUUUUAAUCAAAUAUAUAAGACACCUCAGCAGGAAUUAGAGUAAUUUGGUAUUGAUGGCAUGACGUAAUGUUUUGUAUACUAUACUGUUACGCAAGCAAUAUAGUAUAGAAAUAGUUUAGAAAAAUAUUGAAUCCAUUGGCAAUUGUGAGUUUUCUGUAGUAGACAGUGAUUGAUAAGUCAUUAUUAUAACUGAGUUUAUACAUUUCAUCCAUGGAACAAUGAAUUUUGUGGUGUAAUAUCAAAAGCACAUGAAAAUGUGUUUUAAUAGAACUGGGUGUUUUGGUAAAAAGCAAUUCAGUUGUUUCGUGUGAUUUUUUUGUGCACCUGAAGAAAAUGUUAGUAAGAUUUUUUACUUCAGUGACAAUGAUAUUGGACACUAUUCUCUACUACUUGCAUCUUAAUGUUUAACACAAUGUGUUUAGAGAAACUGCUAGAUUUCUUAUAGUAUUUUACCCUAGAUUAUAGAAAGAAAAAGAAAAAAAGAGCAGAAAAUAUACAGUCACUGUUUUAACAUCACAGAUAAUACGUCCAUAUAACACAAACUACCAGAAAGCUAGAAUCAAGGCUUAAGUAAAUAUUGUUUUGAAUGAUAUAGGGAAAUCUGUUGAUUUUUUUAUGUAUCCUUCUGGAUUUCACAAACAAGAGUUAAAUGUUGGAUGUUGGUAUCGAAACUUCAAGAAAAUACACCAGUCAUCCAAAAGUGUUUUGUAGAAAUUACGAUUAACAUUUAGUGAUUUGAUAAAUUUGUAGUUGAUAUUAUUUUUCAUGCAAAAGGUAUUAACUUAUAAAAAUUACCAGAUGGUUAUCUACUGCAUUUUUUCGGUAGUUGAGAAAUAUAUUAUUGUUUUACCCAUUUCAGAUACAUAUGUGCAUUACCUUCUGUACAAAAAAACAAACAAACAAAAAAGGACCAACAUGACUAUACUGGCAGUAAUGUUAAAAGCUGACCUUAUAAUGUGCACGUAGUUGCUAUGUGUAAAUUUGUAUUUUACUUACAAUUGAAUAUUUUGAGUAUUUUAUUAUUGUAGGUUUUGUGUGUUAUACAUUUUGCCAAGAAAGAAUUUUCCUUAAAAGUCUUGUGCUUGAUUCAUGUUGUGAGUAGGUGUGUGUGUUUUGAACAUGCAUGUACAUGUAUCAGGUUUUAUGUUUAACACCUAUUGUGUUGUGAAUUUAUAUAUAAGCCUGUUUUUAAUUAGAUAUUUGAAAAAGUAGGUUCCAUGCUAUGUUAAAAAAAAAGGUUUUUGUUAUGAAUAGAAAUGUGUAUUUUUGCUAAGUCUAUGUACCCGGUCAAAGUCGUGGGUUAACAUUGGGGUCAUUUUUAUUUUAUUAUUAUUAUUUACUUAAUGGUUGUAUUGCAAAGACAAGUCUUUUGGUGAGAUUUACAAAUGGACUAAGUUGUGGCAAAUUAUACUGCAUUAAGGCAAAUCUCCAUUUUGUAUAAUAUCUUUAUUUUAUUUGACACUAGUCAUGAAGGCAGUUUUACCAAUUCCAGUUCUGACAUCUUCUCAUCAUGUCAUAUUUUGUGGAUAGGUUUUAUCUUACCUCAUAAACCAGUUCUUCUUUAAACAAGUAAUUAAGUCGGGUUUACUUCCAUUAGGUCAAAAGGUCAGAAAUACUUUCAAAGAAUUGCAGAUACUGAUCUCUGUAAAGUGAUGGAGACAGUUUUACCCUGAUUCGUGGGAAUUAUUUUGUUCUAGUUAAACUAUGAAAACAGUUCUCUUUUCCCUCAGGUGGAGAAGAUGCACAUUAGGUCGUGAAUGUGGUUCUAUUGCAACUAAAGUAUAAGACAUUUCUUUUAAUCUUCAUUAUGAAGACAAACCAUUAAAUUGUGAAAACAGUUUUGCUCUCAUUAGUCAUGGAGAUGAUUCUAUUAUUAAGUUUUGCAAAAAAAAGUUUUAUUUUUAACAGAUCAAAGAUGGAUUUACUCUCCCAUGGUUUUGAAGAUUCAACAGAUCAUGUUGAUACCAUGGUUUUGAAGAUUCAACAGAUCAUGCUGAUAUUUGAUACAAUUUCCAGUUUAAUAAUAUUUGAUAUAUGUUAUAAAACUGGAAAUUGUAUAAAAUGGAACUUUACUGUUGAAAACCAAAUUAAUUUCUUAUUUGUUGCAUUUUCUACAGUAUUAUGAUAUGUUUAGAGAUGUGUGUGUGUGUUUGUAGCAGAAGUAUAUGUAGUGGUUGUACGUGCUACUAACAUAUCAUUAAAUUGUUUUUGUAAUAUUAAUCACUGUAGAUUGACUUUUUUUUUUUGUUAAAUGAAAACAA